GUCUGCAGUGGUAUGAGCGCUGUUUGUGUACUGUGUGUAAACCUGUGUCUCAAGGAAAUACAUAUACCUUUACCUUUACCGCAAAUACUGGAAGAAUGCUGAGACAGCAGUCGAGCUUCCAGGUCUAUCUUCUUGUACUCAUACUCUUUAAUAAUAAUUCUCAUACAAGAGAGGCAGAGGUAUACGUCUAGAUCUACUUCAGUAUUAAACCGGUAUACGGGAGAACGAAAAGGAUCACGAUGGCGUCAAUACUACAAGUCGUUACAGCUACCCUGCUAUCUUCCCUUGCUCUCCUGGUGGAAAAAGCGUUAUCGCAGACAACAGAGUCAAUGAAUGACACAGUAGUCAUCGGACCAAACACAGGUGCUCAGGUCCUCAAUUUUCGUUACCUCUCUAAUGACGAGAGGGCGGCGCUCUGGGCCUGCUUUCUAGGCGGUCUCAUGGCGCUCGUCGGGGCUGGCAUUAUCUACUACGAAUACCGUCUAAAGAAAUACGAGCAGAACUUCCCUUAUCGUCCAAAGAAGAAGUCUAGAAAACCCAAGACUGUCGAAGAAACCUCCCACUGAGAGCAGAAAA